CAAAAACACGUGUUCUUUUGCAUUUAAAUCGUGAAAAUUUUCAGUUAUUCGUGUCGAUUUAACGAACGUUAGAGUAGAUAGGUAAAGCAGACCCGAAAGCGCACAGAAAAAACAUCAUUUUGCGUAAGUUAACUAGCGUAAUACGAGCAUUUACUCGGAUGAUUGAAGAGAAAGUGGCGAAGCAGCCAAGCGGCCAUUUUAUGUUAGUAUGACGUAGAGGCUGGGUGUAGCUUCGCGUUCAACCGUCCGUGUUCUUUUGGAAAAGGCGAGAAAAUCCGAAUUCUGAUGCUGGGGUCCAGGUAAAUGCACGUACCACGCGCUGAACGUGUAAACCGUAAAUAUAAGCCCGAGGGACGUAAGGAUAUUAGUUAAAUAAGGAAGUACACAUAGGGGGUACUGAGAAGAGCGAGCAUGAGCGAAGAAAGCAAUCCACGAACGCUCUAUGUGGGUAAUUUAGACGCUUCGGUGUCGGAGGAACUUUUGUGCGCACUUUUCUCGCAAAUAGGUGCCGUUAAAGGAUGCAAAAUAAUACGGGAACCGGGAAACGAUCCGUAUGCUUUCGUCGAAUUCACGAAUCAUCAGUGCGCGGCUACGGCACUAGCCGCCAUGAACAAGCGAUCUUUCCUGAAUAAGGAAAUGAAGGUUAACUGGGCAACGAGCCCUGGAAAUCAGCCGAAGUUGGACACCAGUAAUCAUCAUCACAUAUUCGUUGGCGAUUUGUCACCAGAGAUCGAGACACAAACAUUGAAAGAAGCUUUCGCGCCGUUCGGCGAAAUUAGCAACUGUAGAAUCGUACGCGAUCCACAAACUAUGAAAAGCAAAGGGUACGCCUUUGUAUCUUUCGUGAAAAAGUCUGAAGCUGAAGCAGCGAUCGCGGCAAUGAACGGUCAGUGGCUUGGAUCUAGGAGCAUCAGGACAAAUUGGUCGACUAGAAAACCACCGCCACCGAGAUCUGAGAGGCCACGACAUUCGAAUAAUAGUAAACCUAACUACGAAGAGGUGUAUAACCAAAGUAGUCCAACAAAUUGCACAGUAUAUUGUGGAGGUUUCACGAAUGGUAUUACGGACGAUCUGAUAACCAAAACAUUUUCUCCAUUUGGUACCAUUCAAGACAUAAGAGUAUUUAAAGACAAGGGAUAUGCGUUUAUUAAAUUUACUACUAAGGAAGCAGCAACACGUGCUAUAGAAUCAACGCAUAAUACAGAAAUUAAUGGUAGCAUCGUUAAAUGUUUUUGGGGAAAGGAAAAUGGAGAUCCAAACAGUGUGGGUCCUAAUGCAAAUCACCAAACUCAACAGGUUACAGCUGGUGCUGGCCAGUACGCAUACGGAUAUGGUCAGCAAAUGAGUUAUUGGUAUCCGCAAGGAUAUCCACAAAUGCAGGGUCAGUUUUUACAACCUGCUCAGUACUAUGGUCAAUAUUAUGGACAACAAGCUCAAUAUAUGAAUAGUAUGCGAAUGCCUGCUCCUGGUGCAGGUACAUGGCAACCUGCACAAGCAACCGCCGCACCACCGACUGCGACUGCACCAUUGCCACCAGGUCAGCAACCUACCAUGGUAUACACCAUGCCACAAUAUCCUACGCAAUGAAAUUGAUCAUUGGUUGACGUCAACUAAUUGUUACAUAUGAUACAUUUGCCCCUGGGGCUUUUGCAAAAAACUGUUCUGUCAUAUACCUAUUCCAACAAAUUUAUUGGUAUUUUGACUGCAGCAUCAUAUGUACAAAUUUCCCAGUUCUACUUCAUCUAGAAGUACUACAUUGUAAAGAAAGCUCCUAAAUUUGAUUGUCCCAACACUGACUGACAUUGAAUCACUCUUGUUGUGAAGAACUAUUCCAUCAAAAGUUCAAAGUGAUAUAUAUUCAUAUAUAUACACGCAUACACAUAAAUAUAUAUUUCCUUUAUACGUUUCCCUUGCCAAACAAUAGAAACGUAUACCAUUUUAACAAAUGCAAGUUCACUUGCAGUGCUCAUUAAAAAAAAUUAAAACGCAAAUCUAUCAUAGCAGUCAAUCCAUCAGUGUGAUCGAAUAAUCUUUCCAAAACGGUUUGUAUCCAUGGUGUUGAAUGAGGUAUAUUUCUGAACUCAAGGUUUGCAGCCCCUUGACGAGCCCUGCAUUCGUUGUGCUGCGUAAGGUGUACGUAUGUAUGCAACCAUUGUGUUGUUAUAUUUUUAAUAUUUUUUGCCACAAUUACCAAUUUUUAGUUUAUUUCAAAUCAUUAAUGGACAAAGAUAAAUGUUCAUUUAUGGUAAACACGAAGUACGACAUUGAACAUAGUAUAAGAUAGAGAGUAUAGGUAGACGGCGCCUGUGAUGUAGCUAGAUUUGAAUGCAUGCUUUGACGUAUGCAGGGCCCUUAACAAAAUAAACUAUGCGAAUCGGUAAAUGAGUUAUAAACCUUCUACGUGAUGUGAUAUUUAUCGUCGGUGGUAAAUGUACAAAACUUUCUUACAAAGAAUUUUAAAGGGAAUAUUCUACGAAGUGUGUUUAAAAUAAAAUGUUUUUAUGUUGAAUUUGACUUAUUUGGACAUAUUGUGUUACGUACACUUGAGUGACUCCUCUCCAUUUGUACAGAGAAAUGGUAAACCUUGGUGUAAUUAUUAUAACGUAAUUUAAAUAUAAUGGUAAUGAUAAAAACUUCCACUAAGAGAUGGAGUCACUAUUGUUCUACAUUUUUUUUCAUUUGUACAUUAAAAGAUGAUAUUAUGUUUCUGUAGACAUACUAUAAAAUAACAAGAAUUUAUUGCUUCAUAACUAUCAGUAUAUCGACUGACAAUCAUCCUUGAUAUUUAAUAAUUUGACAUUUCAAGUAUUGCAUGGCACGAUACUUACACCUUCGUGUCUUCCAAUUAAUAUGUAGUAGACAUUUAUUGCACGCUUCUAAUAGAAUUUCAUUCUACAAGUUUCAGUAAAAUUAGCUUUAAUAUUUAACAUCCAAAAAUUUUACCUCUGUAAUUAUUUUAAAUGAUCCGAGUUUCUAAAAUAUUUAUUUAAUUUGUUAUGACAGUAAUAAAUUGUGCAGUAAUGAUAGGAGUAAAGGAAUCAAAGUGAAUUAGAAUAAAGAACUAACCGACACUUCGCUUCACCACCGACGAUAAAAAGCUAUAAACCUUUCGAAACCAAUUUGUAUAAAGUCAGUACUGAAUGUAAUAACAGGGGAAACACAAAGUCGAAUAUAGCAAUGAUUAAUUGACUGCGAUAAGUGAUAUCGAAUGACGGAGAGCCAAUUUAAGAGAAAAAUCUUGUCUAUGGAUUAAUAAUAAUCAGUGAACCGAUGGAAGACAUAAAAAAAAUGUUAUAUAAAGAGUAAUUUAGGUACAGCAGGGUGUGAAGCCCUUGAAAAUGCUUAGGAUAAUGUUAUCUUAUAAUAAAAACAAAUUGUCCUUUGAAUGAAAAAAAAAAAAGGAAUAAAUAUUUAAAAUACACAAUAUUUUGUAUUAUUUCAUAGCC